UUUCUAUUGCAUGUAACACGCUGAGGACGAUUUGCCUAUUAAUGUCCGUAUACCGGCUGUGCUUUGCUCACUUGAGCCGUGUUUUAUUCGUUUCUGGAACGGUCCGCGCUACCCUUUUUAUUCUAAUAAAAAAAAAACGUGGACAGAUCAUCAAAAAAAAAUUUAUUCAAACCUGGAGAAUAAUCGAGUGCGUCGGUAUCAUGUUGGACGUGACAAAAGAGGAUGCGGAACAAUUGAACGCGGAUGAUUCCGUCAAGUGCGAACCGAUGGUGGGAUCAUCGGAUCGUCAUCGCGAAACGGCAAUCAUCAAACCUUAUUUGAAAUUCGGUGUCAGCGCUAUUCUCGGACUGGACAUUCAUCACGAACGUCAAUCGCCAGCGCAAGAUGUUGUUAGAUCGUCUCCUGUGCCACUCGGGCCGGAAGAGUUUGCCCAGCAAUUGAAAGCCGUUCAACCUCAUCACGCGUCAUCUUUGGUUAGCGAGCAAAACGACACGUCCAAAAAUGUCUCGUUUCAUCCCGUCUAUCAUCUGCACUCGUAUUUUCAUCCGCUCAUCCAACAGCAAACGGCCAACAAGCCGAAUUUUUCAGAUCGACUCGCAGGAGAAAUCAGGGCCGGAUUGAAUGCGGAUAUCUCUGGACGUCAACACAAUUCGAAUUUGGCGGGUUCAUCUUCGUCGACGUAUCCGUGGCUACAAGCGGCCGCCGCUGCGGCCGCUUGUGUUACCAAUCAAAUGGCUAAUUCCGUCUACAAUACGUCGAUGGUCCAGCAGCAUCCACCACCCACGUCGGGAUUGAGUCAAUCAUCGUCGUAUUACAAUUUUAAUGUCGUCAAUUUGGCUGCGGCCGCUACGUCCAGCAAUAGCGGGGCUGGCCCAGCCAACAAUUCCGCCAACCGGCCCAGAGCCCGUCGAGGAAUGAUGAGACGGGCAGUCUUUUCGGAACUGCAGCGGCGCGGACUUGAACGCCGCUUCCAAAUACAAAAAUACAUUUCCAAACCGGAACGUAAGAAGCUGGCCGAGAAAUUAGGCCUCAAAGAUUCUCAGGUGAAAAUAUGGUUCCAAAACCGGCGUAUGAAAUGGCGCAAUUCGAAAGAGCGCGAAUUGUUGGCCAAUGGUGGGUCGAGAUCGCAGACAUUGCCAACCAAGAACAAUCCGCAUCCAGAUUUGAGCGAUUCGGAAAUUGAAAGAGCCGCCCGCCAUACGUCGUUCCAUCAUUUGAAAUCGAGCAACCAAUCGGCGCCAACCAAUGAAUCGAUUAGCGCCACCUGUUGUCUCGAUGAAAUUCGUUGAAAAAAAAAUAAUGCCAUUUUUUUUUUUUUUAUUUACUUUUUCUUUUAUUUGAAAUGAACACGACACGUAUUUUGUUGUCCCAUUCCUCGCUACCAUGUGCUAUUAUUUAUUCAUAAUAUUUAAAAAAAUAAUUUAAGAAUCGAUCUCAAAGUCAAAUGUAACCAUUUUCUCGAUUUCACUCGCUUCCAUGUUUUGAUUUCAUUUCGUUUAUAAAAUCCCAAAAUCU